CUUCCUACCAGCACCUGUAAAGCUCAGUCACUAACACGUUUAACAGCUGUCAGUUUGUCGUUUCACAGGGGGAAAUAUGUCCGACUGUUUGUGGGCUCUGAGCAGUUGCCAGGCAACCAGCAGAGACUCCAGGAAGUUACUGCUCCUAGCCAAGAAGCCGUUAUUCCCACCCAAGAAAACGUUGCUUUGAAAAGGAGCUGCACGCUGUUUGUUCUUCGGCUGGUUUCGCUUGUUAACAAACUACUGAAAAUAUACCGGUUUCCAGACGGUGUCCCUGUUUGGAUUUUACAUCUCACUUCAUCCCAGAUCUCAGUGAGAGGACGUCUUCAGCCCAUGAAAACUGUGAUCCUGCCGUCCAAGAUGAUGUUUAGAGGAAAACCUCUGACGACUGCAGCUUUGCUGAUACUUGUGAUGAAUGUCUUCAGAGGACAGACCCUCACAUGUCAUCGAGCAGAGUAUCUGAUAGGGAAUGAAUGCUGUCCAAUGUGUCCUGCUGGAACUCGAGUUAAAACAGAUUGCACAGAGAUCAGAAAUACUUCCUGUCUGCCCUGCGUAGAGAGAACCUUCAUGAAUCAGCCUACUGGACGUAAACAGUGUUUUCCCUGUACAAACUGUGAUGCAGGUUCUGGUUUAAAGACAAAGACGUCAUGUACAACAACAUCAGAUGCAGUUUGUGAACCACUGGAGGGAUUCUACUGUGUGGACUCUGCAGACGGCGGCUGUGUGGCCACACAGAAACACACAAGCUGUCGACCAGGACAAUACAUCCGUCAGAACGGAACAGCGUUAAGAGACACAGAGUGCUCUGACUGCAGUGGGGGGACAUUUUCAGAUGGGACAUUUACAUCCUGUCGGCCACACACACAAUGUGGAUCAAUAAAUCUUCAGCUGAGAGCAGGAACUGCUUCAGCUGAUGCUGAAUGUGGAGAACAAAGUUCAGACACGACAGGAACUGGGAUCAUUGUUGCUGCUGCUGUUGUUGGGCUUUUUUUAUUAAUUGGAGCGUCUGUAGCUGUAUUGUACUAUGUCAGAAAGAAGAAAAACAAAAGAAAAACAAAUGCAGAAAAUCCCCAACAGUUCACAAAACACGAGAGUGGAGAAGAAACAUCAGGGAUGAUUUGAAACAGAUGUUCACAGCAGCAGGUUGAGACACUUCCUGUUUAAACGUGCAACGAUUGAAUUUCACUCACUUCUUGAUGUAUGCUGUUAAAUGAACCACAUCCUGUGAGAUGUAAAAUUACAUAUAGAAAGUUAUAUCUUGAAAAAAAUAAAUGUAGUUAUUUAAGCCGUAAUGCCUCAGAAAAUAACAAUAUCUUUUCCUGCUUAAAUCAAUAUUUUUAUAUGAACAAUGUGUCAAAUGACCAUGUGUCAUGUCGAUGAUGACGGACGCACAGCUCCUCUGACUGAUAAACCCACUGUUCACUACCUGCCAGCACUAAACAGCAGACAGACACAAGGAGCUACAACAGUGAACAUAGUGGAACAUUUAGCUAAAGAGAAAAGUUCUUCUCUCAGCACAUAGAGUAUGGGACAUCACACCCCCGCAUGGCCUCUAUUCAUGCCUCACAAACAAACUAUCUGUUGUUUAUUGUGAUUUUACUUUUCAUUAACAAGUCCAGCUAAUGCACACCUGGUAGACAGGUGUAAAGGAACGCAGGCUUGAAAGAAAAGGUUGAAUUCCCACACUGAGCUUCUUAAAGACACAAUAUUUUGGACCUUUUCAACCUUUUCUUUCACAGUUUUUCAUCAAUGAGAAAUUUAUAAAUUUAUAAAUUUAACUAUAAUUACUAAUAACUUUGUCGAUCAGGGUUUUGCACCAUCAGCUUAUAAUCUAUGAUGCGUUGUUGGCAAUAACAUUAAGCAACAGUAUAUUAAGUAGUUAAUAUUAGUUCAACCAUGAGCAACUACAAGAGUAAAAUGCUACUUACACAUUCAUGGAUCAGUACCAACCCAGUAAUAUAUAGCAGCACUAAACACAGUGUUACACACAGCCAUUUUCUGCAUAAUGACUAUUUUACUGAUAACAUUUUGAACGCAGGAUUUACACGAAUGCCUCUCUCACCGCUGCUGUAACUUGUCACUUCCCAGUGACCAGUGUGUCACUACAUGUGGGUCUUAAAUUCUGUAUUCGUGAUGUAGGCUUUAAAGCUUUUGUCCUGUAACAAAGCAGUGUGCCUUCUUUGUUUUCUUGUGUUUGAGAGACUUUUAUCUAUUGUUUAAUGUAUCUCAUUGAAUUGUUUUAAAUGAAUUUUGUUUUACUUUGCUCUUUAUUGUUUUGAAUGUUGUUCUAAUGCAUUCCUUCACUUUGUGUUACACACUUUGAACUGCCUCUGUGUUUCAAAGCUGCAAUACAAAUAAAGUUUCCUUGCCUUGACUAACUCA